AUGGGCUUAGAUGGCAACUCUUUACUGGGUGGACUGACUCCAACCUCCAACCCGGAAACAAUCAGCGCGCCAGCCCCUGCCAAGGAGACGGAGAAUGUCUUUCUGCUCGGCCGAUUCAGCACAGUUCACAACGAAUGGAUGCCGACGAAUGGAAACGAGACAUCAUAUGCAGUUGAAAAGGCUAUCGCAUCCCGUCGGCCACCGUCUCCAUCUCCCGAAGAAGAUGACCCAACGUUAUCUGGCGAUGGUGUCGAUCUCUUACCGCCAUGGGCGGGAGCUAAGCAAGUAAGUCUUGCUCGCCUGACCUCUGAAGCCUCAAAACUUAAUUUACGACGGCCCGAUGCAAUCUUCAUGGGGCUCUAA